AAACUUUAAACAGAAAGCAAAGAGGCGGGGUUGCAGCCCACUGACUACGGAAGCUUAGGCAAGCCUAGGAAGAUUACUUUCUGCGCUUCUGAAGACAGAAGGCUAGAAAUUACAGCAUGGGAAGAAAGUCACUCUACUUCCUGGUUUUGGGGGUCCUUGUAGCAUGUUACAUUUACACUUCUCCACCAGAUAUUUUUGAGGAGCCCUGGAAACUAAUGUUGAUCAAUGUACAACUGAAAACUUUUGUACAUUUGACCACAUUUAUAGAGUUUCUGGGACUUUACCAUUUUGCUGAUUUACUUGUGCUAACUGCGACCUUUGAAGAAGUCCCACCAAAUUCAGAUGAAAAUGUCACUGUGACUGAGACAAAAUUUGAUAAUGUUCCUGUCCGUGUAUAUGUGCCAAAGAGGAAGCUGGAUGCACACAGAAGGGCUGUAUUUUUUGUCCAUGGAGGUGGCUGGUGUUCUGGAAGUCCUGCUUUACGUAAUUAUGACCUGCUCUCAAGAUGGACAGCAGAGAGACUUAAUGCUGUCGUCAUAUCAAUUGACUACAGAUUAGCACCUAAAUAUCAUUUCCCAAUCCAAUUUGAAGAUGUAUAUAAUGCUUUAAGGUGGUUUUUACGCAGAAACAUUCUUGAAAAUUAUGGCAUAAACCCUGAGAGAAUCUGUGUCUCUGGAGACAGUGCAGGAGGGAAUUUAGCUGCAGCAGUGACUCAGAAGCUCUUCAGUGAUUCCGAUGCCAAUAUCAAGCCCAAGAUCCAGGCGUUAAUUUAUCCUGCACUUCAACCUCUUGAUUUAGAUUCACCAUCAUAUCAAGAAAAUUCAGAUAUGCCGAUUCUGCCCAAGUCACUCAUGGUCAGGUUCUGGAGUGAAUACUUCACUAGAGACAGAUCACUUGAGAAAGCCAUGCUUUCCAACGAGCAUGUAUCUGCAGAAUCCAGUCAUCUGUUUCAGUUUGUUAACUGGAGCUCCUUCCUCCCUGAGAGGUUUAGAAAAGGACAUGUUUAUAAUAACCCAACUUAUGGUAGUUCUGAGUUAACUCAAAAAUAUCCUGGGAUCCUAGAUGUGAGGGCAGCUCCUUUAUUGGCAGAUGACAGCAAGUUGCGUGGUUUACCGCAGACCUUUGUCCUCACUUGCCAAUAUGAUGUCUUAAGAGACGAUGGACUCAUGUAUGUCACCAGGCUUCGGAAUGCUGGAGUUCAAGUGGCCCAUUACCAUGUUGAGGAUGGAUUCCAUGGAGCAAUUUCCUUUCCCCAACUUAAAAUUUCUCAUAGAGUGAUAAAUCAGUAUAUUAGCUGGCUAAAGGAAAAUCUAUAGCAAAGUAUGUAUUCCUGACAUUUCAAAAUAUACUAAAUAUCAAAGCAUCAUAAAGUAAAAAUGGAAUAAACUGGUGUUUUUGAAAGAUCUGUUGAGAAGUUCUACAAGUAAUAUAAUAAUUCUUGCUGUAAAUAUCACUUCUGUAUUUUUUCUUACUCAGAAGUAUUUCAUCCAACAUUUGUCAUUGUUUCUCUUAUCUUACUUUUUUU